GUUCAGCUGCAUCCGUUGCAUGGUCCGUGGCAGUAGCAAAAUAGUGUUCCGUCGGUCGGUCGGGUUUUUUGUUUGCAUCCUUGGCUCUGGGACUCGCGUGAGAUUUCCAAAUCGAGAACAGAACCGUUGAAAAAUCGCCGGAGGUGGAAGGCUCGCGGGUGGUCGACGCAAGAUGUGAACGUUGCUGGGCUUCCCCGGAUUUUGGCCCGCUUCGGUGGAACCGUCGACGGUAGCGGAAUCGCGGCGUUUUAGGUUAAAGCAGUCGCGGUGCACAACAAUGCGCUGCGUGAGAAAUCCGUACGGUGAAAGUCUCUCGGACUGUGUGCGACUGGGACUUGGACGCGAAGGUUCUCGCGAUUUUCUCGCCUUUGCAUUUUCGUCCUUUUUCUGAGGUCCGUUUCACGGUCCCUUUUCCCAAUCUUUUUCUCUCAUUCUCUCAAUCUCUCUAUAUAUACAUAUAUAUACACAUACACAUAUACCUAUCUCUCUCAUACGCACGCAUACAUUUACACAUACUUCUCUCUCUUCAUCUCUCCGUCUCCCCAUCUCGUGCUUUUUCGAUCAGCAUCCACUCCGGUGUCUGUGCGCGUCUGUGAAACGUCCAGCGCGUGAAAAAAGAGAGAGAAAACCGAAAAAAAGGAUGCGGAGGCUCGGGUGGCGAUGAUUCCGCUCGAAUUUCGCUGCGUCGAACCCCGGGGAUUGUGUUUCCCGACGCACCGGAGGACAAACGGACUCCCCUCGCCGACAGGAUGGAGACUUAAUUGCUUCUUCCGUUGAAAGGGUAAUAGAAUAACUGAACAUGGCAGAUGAUGAGGGUACAGAAUGGCUGCAGGAACUGUUGCACGAUGUUCAGCUGUCACAGUUUUUCACGAGAAUACGUGAUGAAUUACAAGUCACCAGACUGCAUCACUUUGACUAUGUGCAACCGGAAGACCUUGAGAAGAUAGGACUAGGGAAGCCAGGUAUCAGGCGACUGUUAGAUGCAGUUAAGAAGAAAAGGAACACGCAAUGGAAGAAAAACUUGAUCACCAAAAUCAGACCUGGCAGCAGCACGAAGACCAACAAAAGGUCAUCCCAACCUAUUGAAGGGUCUUCGGUGUUAACAUGCCUCAUACAAGACAAGGAUGUAACACUGUCUACAAAAUUAGGGGAUGGAAGUUUCGGUGUAGUUAGACGUGGGGAAUGGACAUCUCCUUCAGGGAGAAUCCUGCCCGUUGCAGUGAAAGUGCUCAAGGCAGAUGCAUUGACACAGCCAAGCGUUAUCGAAGACUUUGUGUCCGAAGUCCAAUCAAUGCACACGCUUGACCACCAGAACCUCAUUAGAUUGUACGGUGUAGUACUGUCGCAACCAAUGAUGAUGGUGACCGAGCUAGCGCCUCUCGGAUCGUUAUUAGACUACUUGCGAAAGCAAUGCGGUCGAAUCUCAGUAUUAACUCUCUGCAACUACGCGUUGCAAGUUGCCACGGGAAUGGCGUAUUUAGAGGCGAAGCGAUUUCUGCACCGCGACCUGGCGUGCAGAAACGUUUUACUGAGCUCGGUGGACAAAGUGAAGAUCGGCGACUUCGGCCUAAUGAGAGCGUUGCCUCAGCAGGAAGACUGUUACGUCAUGACGGAGCACAAGAAAGUACCGUUCCCAUGGUGUGCGCCGGAAUCAUUGAAAGCUCGCCAAUUCAGCCACGCGUCCGACGUUUGGAUGUUCGGCGUUACUUUAUGGGAAAUGUUAACGUUCGGUGAAGAGCCGUGGGUAGGGUUAAACGGUUCCGAAAUCCUGCGGAAGAUCGAUAAAGAUGGCGAACGGCUACACGAGCCAGAAGCAACGCCACCUGUCAUGUACCAAUUAAUGCUACGUUGCUGGACCCGGGAUCCCGCGGAAAGGCCGAUGUUCGCGUCCCUGAAGACGUCCCUUACAGGAAUGAUCCCGAGUCUGAUGAAAGCCGUAAAUAACUUCGAGGAAGCGAACAAAAUGACCAUCGAGCAAGGCGAUCAAAUAGUAAUCCUGGAUGGCCGGCCCGAGAACUAUUGGUGGAAGGGUCAGAAUCAGCGCACCUUUCAAAUUGGCCUGUUCCCCCGUUGCCUGGUCGACCCUAUGCGCCGCAGGCAGCCGGAGGAUAUAAGCAAACCCUUAGAAAAUUCCUUUAUCCACACUGGCCACGGUGCACCCUUCGGGAAAAGCUGGGGCAGCCCUAUUUACAUAGACGACGUCUACCUGCGUAAUCCCAUGGAGCCGCCAGAUGUUGUGGGUGUUGCCACUGCCCCGGACAGCCAUCUGAAAAAGAAAUUCUUCUGCGGCACGCCGAGAUCCCGGAAGCAGUUCAACUACACGAAAUUUCAGAACGACAUCCGCUCCAGCCCGGUGAAAUCUACCAACGCGCUUGGCCAAGGUGGCAGCCAAGAGGGCAGCCUAAUCGACUUGUCCCCGGAGGAGAUGGUGAACACUAGUGUUGCGCAGUCGGACACUGCCUGUUGCCGAGUGGUGAACAAUAUUCUAGACGAGCCAAUAGAUGACUUGGAGCGACAGCAGACGUCUUGGCAGGAGGACGACCCUAGAACGUAUGCUAACUUCCCUGGAAACGUGGACCCGGCGUAUUCGGAUCCGUUCGACACGUCGUCGGUGUUCAUGAAGCUGCCUCAUUCCAGGUACUACAGCCAAGUGCCGCCCGACGUGAGCAGCAGAUACUUCAAGACCCAGAGCUAUGGGAACGUCCAGAACCAGGAUGCAUCCGGUAGCCAGGAGAGUACAAAUUAUUUCACGCCGGAGGCCGGUUCGGACGUGAACCACUAUUCCAUAAGCCUGAGCAAGGAGAACCGGAACGACAGUAUUAACCUGAACGUGAACGUCGACGCCGAGGAGGGGAACGUGUACUCUCAGCACCACUACAGCGAAAUUGACAAACCGAGUCCGCCCAUGGCGAGGUGGUCCACGUGGCCGGAGGACCUGCAGGACGAGACGCAGCAGCAGACCUACGCGAACGUGUCCAGCAGGAAUUCUCAAAGCACGGAGGCGCCACCUCAUCCGCUUGUCGCUCCAAACGAAAGCCCACUGAAACCGAAAUCGAACCAUGAUCUCGCUCAAAGCCUCAACGAACUGACUAUCAACACUCGCAGCACUGUCUCGCCUAAGAAGCUCGACCCAGCGUUCUUGGCCGAGCUAGAGAAGCACCUUGGCGAGAAAGAAGCCAGCAAGAACACGAACGCCAGCCAGGAAGCUGCAGGCUCCUCCGAGCCGUAUUCUUCCGUGAACAAACUUCCCGAGAACACGAUCCCGACGUUAAGACCGCCGCCUCAGUCGACGAAGCCGAAAUCCCCGCAGAUUGACCACAGGUCGAGCAACCUGCCAACCAAGGUGCAAAACUCCUGGCAGUCGAAGACUACCAACAUUCAACAGCCACGUAAUCAGUCCGAACAACGGAUGCUGGAGACGACGACUGAUCAAAUGGUCGGUCAGAUCUGGCAGCAGGUGCAAGUGUCCCAGAACACUUACAGCGCGGAGGCUAACGUGAACCGGGUGCUGAGCAAUGCACCUACGAACCUGAAUUUACUGCAGAUAGCACCCAGCAAUCUAGCUAGCCAGUGCAACGUGUCGAAACCGAAUGUUAAUCACGCGCAAAACUCUGCGUCCACGGUGAACCAGGCCAGCCACUUGCCAAACCUUCCUCUGGCUCAGGUGAACCAUGGAAUCACGCAGAUCCAGAACGAUCUCCAGCAAGCGCACACUAGUAACGUGGCCGCGAAGCCGGCCAGCGCGGUGCUGUCCGAGCAAGUGUACGCUGAGCUGAAGCAAACGGUGCCGAACCUGGACCAGCUGUCCCAGAACGAGUUCAACACGCUGUAUAAUAAGACCGUCCAACAGAAUAUCCUCAGGAACUACUACGCUGCGAGUGCGUCGUCCGCCCCCGACUCUAGCAAUCUAAGUCAUAGUCAUUAUUUGGAGGGAGCUGCUGGUGGUUCGCAGCAACAGCCACGCCAGUCGGCCGCGCAGGCGAGGAGCUUCUCGGCGCAGAGUCAUCCCUGCGACUUCAGCCCUCACCUGAAGCAACCGCCGGUGUACAAUCCGCCUCCGCCCGCCUGGAGCCCGAUGAAAUCUGUACAGAACGGUCAGUGCACCGUAAUGAAGUCCAAUCUGGCGGGCAAUUUAGCGAAUAGUCCCAAUCUGCUGCAGCUGGCGCACACUAACGCGCCUCAGGAGGCUGCCAUGGUAAUACCGCAAGCACCCGUGAUACGCGCCACGCCGCCUCAGAUGAACGAGACGGUCGUUAAUACUCAAUUAGCCCCCUCCACGUCCGCGUACCCUUCCGGCGUGAGUCCUCCGCUGACCGGCGCCUCCCAGCAGCUCGUCAUGUCCCUGAACGACGAGUUUCGAGCCAACAAAGUGAUGAAGGUGCAGAGGGAGACUGCCGACGCCUCGCAGCAAGAGAUACUGACAGCGUUGCAAGCGACCGGCUGGGACACUAACCAGGCUGCGAAGCAAAUACUCAAGGACAGGCAGGCUAAGAUCGAGUCUCUUGUGAGAUUGGGUCUGGCAGGCAGACAGGAGUGCGAGGGUGCUCUGAAACAGACUGAAUACGACGUAGACCUAGCAGCUUCCCUAUUGCUGGACCAGGUCAGAUGAAAGCGGAUUGAAAACGCUGCGAUCGCCGCCGGAGAUGUUGUAAAUCAAUUAUAGCGAUCAUACGCAUAGAAAUAUAUAUAUAUAUAAAUAUAUUUAUAUAUAUAUUUAUUUGUAAGCGACACAGCCAUACGCGCGGAACGAGGCUACGGGCUGCGCUCGCUGGCUGCCGGUGUCUCCGCGGGGAACGUGCUCGCGCGUUCGCAAAAGACAUUUUAUUUUUUCCUUCACGACGAUGUACAUAGGAAACCGAAAUUCAAUUGUUACUGUACAUUCAGGAGCACCGGGACGAGACAGAUUAAAAGAAUUGUUGCAUUCCAGGGAAACGAGCUUCCGCUUCGAAACGUGUAGGCGCGAGAGACUAUGCUUCUGCGACUGCGACGUCGCUGCGAGGUGAUAGCUUUUAAACGGGGUUAGGAGGCGGCGAACGAAUCGGAAUUUCUUCGAGACUGUCAGACGUGUUGUUUUCUUGUUCUCUUUAACACGUUGAGUGCCGCGCGAUUUUGCUGAGAAAAAUAUAGGAAAUAAUGUAGUAUCCACUUACGCGAUUGAAUUACGUUAUUAUUGCAGCUUUAUCUUGUUGAAUGUCGCUGUAUUAGGUGGUAUAAUGUAGAAAAGGUUUCAAAUAAUUUAACCGAAUGAAUUAUAGUAAAUUUGGUUGAGGUCAUUGAUACCUCGACGGCAUCCAAUGUGUUAAUGAUCGAUGUACUCUCGUUGCGUUUAUUGACCAGCGAAUAUUGGAAUUGUUUUCCUUGCCGUUUUAUCUUGCGCUGAGUUACGAUGAAGUCUUCUCUUCUCUUUUUGUUUCAUUCGUCUACCGUAACAGUAUUUCAUUUAAAUUUUAAGAUGGUGUUGCGAGCGUCUUCCUGGUAAUUAUUCAGCGUGCAGGAAAGGGUUGAACAAGAGGCCAACGAUCGAGAAAUUCGUUCGCGCGACUAGCAGUAUACAUAUCGCCUAAUGACCGGAACCUGGAAUGCUUCGCGUCGAUAAUUAACUGGCGUAAUUAGGUGUGCGUGACCGGAAGCGAACCGGGUCAACGAGGAUCCACUCGGCCGGUUAUGAUCUACCGGUAUUCCUCGCGUAAAAGCGAAAAUCCUUAUACGAUUGGAAGUCGUGCGUGUUCCCGUGAAAGUGCUCGUAAACGACUGACUAACGUUCGAACGUACGAUGUUGCUCAAAAGUAUUUUGGUCAUUGGAUCGUUUGAUUUCUAUACGGUUCGUGGUAUAGGAGAAUUCGAAGGAAUUAAUGGAAUAUCGAAGCUCUUUAUCGUACAUGUAGAAAUGUAAAUUUGUUUGGAUAUUAUAAUUAUUAUUUUAUUAGAUAGAUAGGGGUGCCUUUUCUUUUGUAAUUUCGAUGGUAAGUGAUUAAAUAUUUUUGAGCGAUAGUGUAUGGAAAAGUGAGAGGUAGUUCUCUUCUCUGAGAGAAGGCGUCGAUACGAUUCUCGUUUUCGCUCGAUUUUUCUGCUAGCCCAUUCUCGCGAGUCAAUUAUCUGUUAGGAUUUAAAUGGUGGGGGACAAAAGUGCUCGCACAGUGGAAACGUCGGGCUGCGCCGACUUUGCACGCGCUUAUGCAAAUUUCUAUUUUAAUGGAUGAUUUAUAUGACAAAAGGCUUAACGAUUCUAGGGUUGGUUAUCAUUCGGUGAGCUCAUUUGAAUGAUUGCGUUAAUCUAAUCGAAGUCGGGUCCUAACCCUAAGAGAUUCCUAAAUCUCGACUUGUUGUUAAUAAAAAAAAAGAAAGAUAAUUAGAUUCGUAAGUGAAUAUACGUAUGCGAAUGUAUUCAUAUUUCCAAGGAGAUAUAGCUAUUUUCAUACUGAAAUUUUUACUGUGCGAACACUCGCGUUCCUUGCUGCAUAUUUGAUGCGAGAAUUUCAGGUUCGUUCGAUUAACAAACGGCAACUUAAGACUUCCAGCGGAUCACUGCUUCUAGGAAGUAAUUUUCGAUUAACACAUUGACUGCCAUGUCAUCCGAGUACACGUGACACUGACUUUUCCAUUGUGCUUGAUGGAAUUUCAAGUGGAACUUAAUUUUCAUAGUGAUUUAUCGAAUGAACCAAAUUUCAUUAUGAUCUCUGACACGUGCCGAAGUUAAACAAUUCGUUGCUGGACUGCAAACCUGCAAUCAUUGCUAUAGAUGAUGGUUCUUGCUCAUAGGAAUUAUGAAAAUCAGUACACAGGGGUUUUUGUGAGUUUAUUGUAUUAGCUGCAUUCUAUGGAAUUUUAUUACAAUUUUAUUACAAAUUUAUUACAACUGAUAUCACAAUCCAAUAUUUCAGUUUCUAAUUUCUUAGUUACAAUUCGUAUUACAGCCCAGUACUUCAGUUUCUAAUUUCCUAAUUGUAAUUUGUCUAAUUUCCAUUACAAUUGGUAUCACAAUCCGAUAUUUCAAUUUCUGAUUUCUUAAUUACAAUUUGUAUAAUUUCGUAGUUAUAAUUUUCAUUACAACCCAACACUUCAAUUUCAUCUAAUUUCCAUUACAAUUCAUAUCGCAACCCAAUACUACAAUUCCUUAAUUACAAAUUUUCUAAUACCUUAGUCACAAUUUCUAUUACAACCCAGUACUUCAAUUUCCAAUUUCCAUUACAAUUCACAUCGCAACCCAAUACUUCAAUUUCCAAUUCCCAUUACAAUUCACAUCACAACCCAACGUUUCAAUAACCAAUUUCCCAGUCGCAAAUUCGCAGUCAACGUGUUAAACACUGCAGCUAGCUUGGCAACCAGGUCUGCCACAGUUCCGGCCUUAAAAAGAUGUCUUGCCGGAUUGGAAACGGAGAGUGUACGUCGAUCACGCGAUAAAACGGCACAAGGGUAGGGGGCGAGAAACGCCGAUUCGGCCGCACAAGGGGCGGGGGAAAUUUGCGCUGCGCGAGAAACGCAAGAGAAAUAUUGAAAAAAGGAAAACGAACAGAAAAGAGAGACGAAGAGAGAGGGAGAGAGAGAGAGAGAGAAUAACAGAUAUUGAAUUUGUAACUGUGAUAUGCGUUACUAAAGGCUCUAGGCGGUACUGUUCAGAGAAUAGAUGGGGAAACAUUUCCUUUCCCGUGUUGUCCUUUCUUUUUUUUUAGAGAUAGAUCGACGAGUAGAUCGUAUUCGCGUAAUAUAUUAGAUCUGUCGGAAAGUUCUGUCCAAUAAUGUUCUCAAGUUUCCAAAGAUGAAUGAUUUUAUAGGAAUGGAAUGCAUAAAUUGCUAUCAUGUUGGAAAGAGGUGAUUGGUGACGAUAGAAAUGAUAUUGUUCGGUAAAUAAUAACCCUUUGCACUCGAAAAUUUAUCCGCUGCAUACAUUCAUUAUUUUCUAAUGAAUUAUCGAUGAGAUUUUUUAUGGUAUUAAUUAGAAAUAAUGUACGAAGGGUUGGAAUUAUUUUAUUUCAAUAUUUCGUGUCUAAUUGUGUUAUAAGAAAUUUGAUAUUUAAUAAUUUUUCUAGGUUAAACUAAGCGGCGUCUCUCGAGUGGAAAGGGUAAUGUAGAGUAGGAGAGGUAGCCCACUUUUUUGGAAAGAAUUGUUAUAAAUAUUCUUGAUACCUAACGGAAACUGAAAUAUAUUUAUGUAAAAAGAAUAAUUGACACUAGAAUUACUCUAUCAAAAUACGUUCUAGUUUUCUUAUUUCAUAAUUAUUGAUAUCCUAAAAAUAUUAAUACUAUUUAUAUAUUCAAAAUAAUUUUAAAGACAAAUAUUUUCACUUGAAUGUUAUAAUCAACACACGAGGAAGCCAGAAAAGUCUUGUCACAAUUUUUAUAAAGAUUACAUAUUAAACACUCGGUUGUUCUAGUGUUAAAAACAACUGUUACACCGUAAAUAUUAUUGACAUCCGACAAAAAAUAGAGCAUAUUUAUGAAAAUAAAGAUGUACAUAAAGUAAAAGUGAAAGUAAAGAUCUACAUAAGAAGAAUAGACAAAUAGAUUUCUGUACAAGAUUUAGUAUACCACAAAAAACAAUUGAAAAUACACUUAACAAUUUAACUGCUACAAAAUUCAGAAUAUUUGAUAGUUUUAAUUCUGUCAUCUAAUUCGUAAUUACCCUUUCGAAGAUGCAUUAUCUUCUGUUAAUUUGAAAACGAACAGAGCCUUCCGGCGGAUCUAAUACUUGGGAGUGUACAUAGACGUUUAGCGACUGAGUUUAAUGCUGUAACUAGAUUGUGUGCGAGUACCGUCGGUUGCUGGGAACCUGGCGCUCGUGACGUCAUAGGGGCGGAGACAGUCGCUCCGAGUGAUCCAAUCGCGAGCCUGGGAACGGCUCUCCGCGCGGCCCGAUUGGUGGCCGUGAGCGCCUCGGCCAAUCAGGCGUGCGCGCUCGAAUCUGACCACUCAGACGAGAGUGGCAGGUUCGUUGCAACGGACGGUACAUGGGGUUCGACGGUCGCACGAUUGCGCGGAAAGGUGUGUUCGAAAGUGUCGAGGUCCACCUUGAAGUUAACCCUUUGCCGGUGAGAAUUUUAUUUAACGUUCGCUACCAACAAUCCUAUAUUUUGCAUGGAAAACUCUAUAAAACGAAUGGUUAUGUAAGUAGAUAUUGUUAUUUAAAUGGCAAUAUGUAACAAUGAUAACUUGUAUAUAGAUAUUGUUAUUUAAAGCUGUAGACUGCGAAUGUUUAUGUAAAUAUAUAAUUUUAUACAGAUACAAAUUGGAAUUGCACGGUAUCCGAUUCUCUUGGUGAAUUACGAAUUAAGCGUGUACAUUUUUAUUAAAUAAUUCUUGUUGCAGGAUUUCUUUGAGGUAUCUUUGUUAUAGAUGCAUAAUAUUUUGCAGUCUAUACGCCGUUUGCUUUGGAA